AUGCCCAACCAACACGCUGAAGACGAAGCACUCGGGGUGAGAUCAGUGGAACCACCGCAGAGAUACUCAGUAUUCACCAAUGUCGAGAAAUGGUGCAUUGUCGCCAUGGUUUCAUAUGCUGCCUGGUUCUCGACACUGAGCAGCUUUAUCUAUUACCCGGCAAUACCCGCGAUCUCGAAGGCGCUGGGUGUGUCAGUAGACAAAGUCAACCUGACAAUUACAACGUACAUGGCAAUUGCCAGUGUCGCACCAGCUUUGGUGGGAGACACGGCCGACAUUCUAGGCCGGCGUCCAGUGUACAUACUGACACUAAGUGGAUAUUUCGCUGCCAACUUCGCCAUCGCACUGACCAGAUCAUAUGAGGCGCUUCUGGGCCUUCGCGUUCUGCAGGCAUUGUGCAUUUCCGGCACCUUCUCAAUUGCCUAUGGAGUUGUCACGGAUUUAGCAGCCCCCGCUGAAAGGGGAUCAUUUGCUGCUCUUGUUUCGUUUGCCAUAACAAUUGCUCCAAGCAUUGGCCCUAUUCUAGGGGGAGUAUUAACCUACGCUGCAGGCUGGCCCUGGAUUUUUUGGUUUCUGUGCCUCGCAUCGGGGAGCUGUCUAGUAAUUAUGACACUCUUCCUCCCUGAGACAGCUCGCCAUGUCGUCGGCGAUGGCUCGAUUCCACCGCCACAUUAUCUUCGACUCCCGAUUCCGACAAUCCUAUGCCACUGGAAAGAGACAGAAAUGGAUUCAGAUAUAACGACCAGAUCAUUCCGCGCUCCUAAUCCCUUCAAAUCAAUUGCCAUCCUCUGCCACAAAGAUAAUGCGGUCGUUAUUUUCGCAUGUGGCCUUUUGUACGUUGUCUACACCUGCAUUAAUGCAUCCCUUGCUACGCUGCUUGUCGAAAUCUACCAUUUAAAUCAGUGGGAAGCCGGGCUCAUCUAUCUUCCUUUCGGUCUUGGCGGAGUUGCAUCUGCAUUCAUUUCCGGGAGGGUUUUGGAUCGUGCGUGGCGAAAUACCAGGGUCAAGAUGGGCAUGGGCACGAACGCAUUGAUCAGCGAUGAUCUAGACACAUUUCCAGUUGAAAGGGCUCGUCUUUGCGUGAUAUGGGUGCCCAUGUUUCUUACAGUUUGCUCCGUGAUUGCAUUUGGCUGGACUUUGCAUAACCACUUGGACUUUGCAUGCAAUUGGAUUUUAGCGUGA